GGUUUCGUGAGGCCAACAGAAGUUGCAUCAAUGAAAUCAUGAGAAAUGGUAUGUAGCUAGCAUCAACCAGAAAAGCCAGUUGUUGCUGUUUCUCCAAUUGUUACAGCUUACAACUAGCUAGCUGGGUGUGCCGCUAUCGUAGCGAGGGCAAGCAAGUCUUCGCCUCGGCAAGCGAGGGGAUACCGGUCGUGCUGGCAAUGGUAAUGGGGCUGAGUAUCCACGUAUGAAUCACCGUUCAGCGGCACCCGGAGCAUCCUCGUCCUUCAGGUAUUUCUCCACGAAACAGAAUGAGUACAUGUACCCGACGGAGGAACAAUCACAGUCCGAGGGGAAUGCAUGAGACAAGCGGAAUGACCAAUGAGCGCAGCAAGGCUUACGACGACAUAACGAGAUCUUUGAGGGGGUUCUUGAUUAUCCACGAAUGACAAAAGAGCUUCGGUUCACUUCAGCAACUGGCAAGGCCAAACGGUUACCACAACUUGAUCAACAACAGCAGGAAGCUCCCCUUGUGUUACUUCAGCAAUCGGGCAUGGAAAGCGAGAAGAAGACUUCUCCCAACGCCCACGAUGGUGUUAUUGUGAUUGGUGCUGGAGCGGCUGGCCUGACGGCAGCGUACGAUUUGCACCGAAAGAACAUUCCCGUCCAAGUGUUGGAAGCCCAUCCAACCGAGUUUGGAGGACGUGUGCGCAAGCUGGAAGGUUUUGCCGAUUUUCCCAUUGACGCCGGCGGGGAAUGGAUUCAUUUCCAUCCUCGUAUUCUCAGCAAAAUCGUGGACGAUCCCUCCUUUGCUCGCAAUGAUCACUUUGAGGUGAAGCCUUACAAGUUCGCUCCCUUUUACGAAUUCCGUGGCGGGAAGAAGUGGGUGUUGAAGUACCCCCGUCAUGAAGAAAACGAAAUCGUAUACAAAUUUACGAAAGGAUAUACGUGGCAUGAUUUCUUUCAAAAUUUCAUUGCCAAGUCGCUGGAUAUUCAAUAUGGUUGCGUCGUUCAGAGUAUUGAUUAUUCUACAGCUCGAAUCACAGUGAAAUGUCGAAACGGUCGUGUCUUUUUUGGAUCGCAGGUGAUUGUGGCGGUGAGCUUGCCCAUUCUGCAAGAUGAUGACAUUACAUUUGUUCCACAACUUCCACCCGCCAAAAAGAAGGCAAUCGACAACGUUCCCUUUGGCCCCGGAUUGAAAGUCUUCCUCGAAUUUUCGUCUCAGUUCUAUCACAACAAUUUCGGCAUUCAAACCAAAAAGCACGGAGAAAGAGUGUUCUACAAUGAGAUGGCUUUUCAACGAAAUCCCAACAAACGCAAUAUUCUAGCAGUUUACGUGUAUGGAGAUGUAGCGCUGAAGUAUACACACCUCGGCGAUGAUGCAAUCAUACAGAGACUCGUGGAAGAACUGGACGGGGCGUACAAAGGAAAGGCAAGCCGCACCUACAUCAAAGGAUUUGUACAAAACUGGACUUGCAGCGAGCCCUUCAUUCGGGGAGCCUUCUCUUCCUACCGCAAAGGAAUGAAGCCCAUGUGGACCAUUCUUCAACCAGUCGACAAAAAAAUAUUCUUUGCAGGGGAGCAUCUUCCUCCAAAUGGUGCCGACUACGGCUAUGUAACGGGGGCAGCACUGUCAGGGAGGAAUGCUGCCACGGCCGUGCAAUGCGUCCAGAAAGGAGAAAAGCCGCCCUUUUUGUGGAAAGCCUGGAUGGUUCAUGUCCUGGGAACGGUCAUGUUUGGCUUUGAACAACGGCUGUUCUUCAAUGACACGGACUGAUUUCGCACCGCCAAUCUAUGGUACCGUUAUCCAAUCCACUUGUGAAAUAGUUUUUGUUGAUUAAGCCUAUUGCAUACCAUGUGUCUCAGAGGCUCCCGUGUCCCAGCUCUCCAGGUUUCCAAGUGUUGGGAUGACCGUGGUGCCCUCGAUCUCUUCUGCUAGUCUUGCUCCUUCGCUCCCCCCUGCCCUCCUGCCUUCCCCCCUUUCCUUGGUUACCAUGUUGCCCUGCUUGCGCACUUAAUUGCUUGCCUUGCCUUGCGUUCCUGCAUCGUGCCCUCCCCUCGAGCUCUGUCCCCAUCCUCAUCUUAGCUCUCUCUAAUCCAUAGUGACUUCCCCAUCAUAUACUGUCA